CUUGUAUCGGUCGUCGUUUAAGGACGAAGGGACAGUAGAGUCCAGUUCGCACGAAGAGUCCUCGCCAUGAAGACGAUUUUCAUCUUCGUGACAGCGAUAGUGGCAGCUCUCGCAGCGCCCCAAGGAAAUCCAAAUGAAAUUACGAUCAUAAAGCAGGAAGAGCAAAACAAUAUUGGAGUAGGUGGAUAUCAUUUCAGUUAUGAACAGAGCGACGGCCAAAAGAGGGAAGAAACCGCGGAAUUGAAAAACGAGGGUACCGACGAUGAAUCUCUCGAUGUUACUGGUAGUUUCAGCUUUACAUCACCAGAUGGUCACACUUAUAGGGUUGAUUACACCGCCGAUAAAGAUGGAUUCCAUCCUACCAUCAAUCUCGUUUCAAAAUAAACCUGGGAACUGAAGUUCCGUGAUAACAUUAUCUAGGAUUUUCCGACCAUCGGCACACGCCAAUAUAAGUGUAUUAGAAUAUCAUAUGUACCUUAAAGAUCAAGUGG